AUGGGGGAAGGUGAGGGGAGUGAUAUCCCUCCUAAAAACGUACAGUUUGAUUUGGUUUCGGCUUCGAAUUCGAAGAAGCUUGCUAGGCAGCUCGAUUUCAACACUUUUGGUGGGACUCCGGUAACUGCACCUUUGCCACCUUUGCCGGAACAAUCGCAGCCUCCGGUGACACUGCCUCCUCUUCCUUCAGCCAAAUUGGGGAAACCAGAAUCUCCAAAAUCAAAAUCAAGACCCAACUCUGAGACAAAAGAUGCUACUCCAAAGAAGCAAAAACAGUGCAAUUGUAAACAUUCAAAAUGCUUAAAGCUAUAUUGUGAAUGUUUUGCAUCGGGAAUAUAUUGUGAUGGUUGCAACUGUGUAAAUUGUUUUAACAAUGUUGACAAUGAAGCUGCUAGACGAGAAGCUGUUGAAGCAACUUUAGAACGCAAUCCAAAUGCUUUUAGGCCGAAAAUUGCUAGCAGCCCUCAUGGAACACGUGAUAACAGGGAGGAGGCAGGGGAAGUUUUAAUAUUAGCAAAGCACAACAAGGGGUGCCAUUGUAAAAAAUCUGGGUGCCUCAAGAAGUACUGUGAAUGUUUUCAAGCCAACAUUCUUUGUUCUGAAAAUUGUAAAUGCAUGGAUUGCAAAAACUUUGAAGGAAGUGAAGAGCGACAAGCUUUGUUCCAUGGAGAUCAAAACAAUAAUAUGGCAUUUAUUCAGCAAGCAGCCAAUGCUGCCAUAACUGGAGCUAUUGGCUCCUCUGGUUAUUCAUCACCACCAGUAUCGAGGAAAAGAAAAGGUUCAGAACUCUGGCCGUCCGUCAAGGAUCCAUCUGUUAGCAAGCUGGGACAACAGGCAAAUGCUGUCAGAGGUCCUGGAGCACCCUCCUCAUCCUUGUCUCCUGCCCCAGUUGCUCGUGUUGGACAUGCAUCAUCAGGCCCUUCAAAAUUUAUGUACAGGUCUCUUUUAGCAGACAUCAUACAACCACAGCACCUGAAAGAGCUGUGCUCUGUUCUAGUGCUAGUAGCUGGACAAGCCACUAAAACACUUACAGACCAGAAAAAUUUAAUGGAUAAGCACACAGAAGAUCGGACAGAAACUUCUCUUGCUUCUUCAAAUCAAGAGCAAUUGCCAAAUCAAAAGGAAGCUGAUGUUGAGAAAGCUAUGGCUGAUGAUUGUUCUAGUGCAAACCAAACUGAUAAAACCAGUCCGGAAAACUCCAGUUCAGAUGGUACUGAUGCUUCAAAAGGGAGGCCAAUGUCUCCUGGAACUCUAGCAUUGAUGUGUGAUGAGCAAGAUACAAUGUUCAUGACUGCGGCCCCCUCUAUUGGGUCAAUGCCCCAUGCUUGCAACACAUCUUCUCAAUUGCCUCGUGGACAAGGAGCAACAGAGAUCUAUGCAGAGCAAGAAAGAAUUGUAUUGACGAAAUUCAGAGAUUUUCUUAAUAGGGUUAUCACUAUGGGAGAAAUAAAUGAAACAAAGUGUUCUUCAUUAGCCAGAAGUGAGUCAGAGAUUCAAAAGGAUCCAAUCAUCAAUAGCACUUUAAAUGCCAGGACUGCGGCAGCACAUCAGCAGGGACGGGCCACCAGCAACAGUGUUGCCAAAGCUGUCAGCAACCCCACCACUUCAACAUCAUCUUUGGUCCCUUGUAGUCUUGUUUCGGAAAAUGGGGAAAUUAAGCCGAAGGUUGAAAAAUAG